GAGAGCUCGGAGGACAGAGCGCCACCAGCCACAGGCAUGGCGGAUGUGGACGCUUUGCCCGAGGUCCCACCGGGGGCCGAGGACAAUGCGGCACCCAAGGCCGAUUCCGCGGCGGUGGAGGCGGAGGUCGACCUGUCGAUGUUCGACCUGAGCAAGAAGAAGAAGAAGAAGAAGAAGAAGGUCAAGACCGAGGGGGACGACGAGGCGGGCGGGGGAGACGGCGAAGACAGGGAGGAGGGGGAGGGGAGGUACAACUACGAGACGUUGCUGGAGAGGAUCCAGAACCUGCUCCACGUCAACAACCCGGAGCUGGCCGAACGCAGCCGCAUCACGCUCAAGCCGCCACAGCUCAUGCGCAUGGGAACACGGAAGACCUUGUGGGCGAACUUCCAGGACAUCUGCCAGCUGAUGAAGAGGCAGCCGGAGCACGUCUUCUCCUUCGUAGUGGCGGAACUGGGAACGGAAGGUUCCAUCGACGGAAACCAGCGCUUGGUCUUGCGAGGGAAGUACGUGCCGAAGUACAUCGAGUCGCUCCUGCGGAAAUACAUCGUGGAGUACGUGACGUGCCAGAUGUGCCGCAGCCCCAACACAACCCUCACUAGGGAUCCCGUGUCGCGGCUCUUCUUCGUGCACUGCCAGGACUGUGGGUCGAGCCGGUCUGUCGCACCCAUCCGCUCCGGAUUCCACGCGCAAACGCGCGCGGACAGGCGUGCGCUGCGGAAUGCGGUCAAGUAAAAGUGUGUUUGUUUGGAUUUGUUUUGGAAGGGGGGGUGGGGGUGGCCCGCAAAGUCGGAAGGUCAAGAAGUGUAUGCGCCCCCUCGCGCCCCCUUCGUUUUGUGUCUUGUUAGGGAAUGACGAGCGUGUUUCUGGCGAAGCGUGGUGGCCACGGGCAAGAUAGCGGUGUGGUGCGUUUUUUUCUAUCAAGCGGGUGAGAGGAUCACAGGGUCUGUAGGCAGGAGCACGCGUGUAUGUAUGCAUGCAGAGGAGACGGGCGACGUUCUCCUACUGGGUCGCCAGACGGCUGUUGUGCUGUGGAGACCGGCGGUGUAGCUGUGGUUUUUAUGGUGUUUGUGUUCAACACCCAACGAGAACAACGGCGGUGUCGGAAAUAGUUGGUUCACAGGCGGAUAUACGUGAUUCAGGCAUGAAGGCGCUGGGCAUGAAUGGAUAGCCACCGGAUAGCGCCUGAAAGGAGUGAACGGAAACUCAUCCUAUUUUCCUAUUAUCAGCUCUGGUGGGUCAACAUUGGCAUUUUGUAAGGGGUUGAAUGUUUGCUUUGUCUACGAACAUCGGUGACCGGACAAGAAAGAUGUUUCCAAAGCCGUGAUUCUGGCAUCGAAAGAAAUGCAGUUUGCUGCCAUGUGAAGAAAGUCAAAGACAGUACUUGGCCCCAAUUUGGCGGUGCUUUUGAACAUGCUGGAACAUGGCAUUCCCUGACAUUCCCUGGGUGUAGAUGCAGGCGAGGCCGAUGCUGGCACGGUUGCCUGAACGCAUCCGCCCUCAUUUAGUUUCACUGAUGACACUUACCAGGGUGUCUUGAGGAGUAAGCGGAUGUAUACCAACAAGGCGGGUCUGAAACGUGAUGAGCGAUGUGCAUCACGUUGCUUGAUUGGCCGAGGCCGUCCCUCGACUUUUUCGAUACCUACAACCAUGAUGGCGUCUAC